CGCGGGCGCUUGGUUGGAGCGUCGCCGCAUCCCAGGUCCCGGCAAAGUUUUUUCGGAGGUCCCGCCCAGAAAGGCCAUGUCCCACGGCCCCCGGCAGCCAGGCGGGGCCACCGCGCCUGCUGGAGGCAAGACCCCGGGCCAGCACGGGGCCUUCGUAGUGACUGUCAAACAGGAGCGCAGCGAGGGUCCCCGUGUGGGAGAGAAGGGGUCCCAAGAGGAGGAGCCAGUGAAGAAGAGAGGCUGGCCCAAAGGCAAGAAGAGAAAGAAGAUUCUCCCCAAUGGGCCCAAGGCCCCUGUCACGGGCUAUGUUCGCUUUCUGAAUGAGCGGCGGGAGCAAAUUCGCACUCGCCACCCGGACCUGCCCUUUCCGGAGAUCACCAAGAUGCUGGGCGCCGAGUGGAGCAAGCUGCAGCCAGCAGAGAAGCAGCGGUACCUGGAUGAGGCAGAGAAGGAGAAACAGCAGUACUUGAAGGAGCUGUGGGCAUACCAGCAGUCGGAGGCCUAUAAGGUCUGUACGGAGAAGAUCCAAGAAAACAAAAUUAAAAAAGAGGACUCCGGCACUGGGCUCAUGAACACACUUCUGAAUGGGCACAAGGGUGUGGACUGUGAUGGCUUUUCCACCUUUGAUGUCCCCAUCUUCACUGAAGAGUUUUUGGACCAAAACAAAGCACGCGAGGCGGAGUUGCGGCGUCUGCGGAAGAUGAACGUGGCCUUCGAGGAGCAGAAUGCGGUGCUGCAGCGCCACACGCAGAGUAUGAGCUGCGCGCGUGAGCGUCUGGAGCAGGAGCUGGCGCUGGAGGAGCGGCGCACGCUAGCGCUGCAGCAGCAACUACAGGCUGUGAGGCAGGCGCUCACCUCCAGCUUCGCCUCGCUUCCGGUGCCCGGCACCGGAGAGACGCCUACUCUCGGGACGCUGGACUUCUACAUGGCACGGCUGCACGGAGCCAUCGAGCGCGACCCCGCUCAGCAUGAGAGGCUGAUCACACGUGUCAAGGAGAUCCUGGCGCGGGUGGCCAGCGAGCACCUGUAACAAACAGGCCUCUAGAACGGGAGAUGGCCCUCUCCACCCACCCAGGAGAAAGCUGGGGGUCCCGAUGGGGCCACACCCGGUGCUGCACCUUGGGGUCUCCAGAUACUACCCCUCCCAUGAAAUCUCAACCGCAUCCCUUUAGCUUGGAACCCUAAGCUCCCAGGUCACAGAACCCGAGACCUACCUCCCUUGCAGGAAGGGUCACACAACAGUGGGAGAGGAACAGAGGAGUCAGUCACUCGACUUGGACACACUCCUGGUGCAGAGCAUGACCCCAGGGUGCUCACUACGGGACCCGGAACUCAAUGCAUAGGCACUGGGUGACAUGGCGCAGCCAGGGGAGGCUGCAGUACAAUCCCCCUGCCCAGUGCCUUCCAUCACUCAAUCCGAACUUUUGAAUAAGUGUUAAA